AUGCCGCAAGUGCAGCAAGACAUCGAAUUUUACAGGAUGAGUAACUCAAGUCGCGCAGUCGCAAUCACUCACGCGACAGAGCAUCAGGAGAUGGUCGGGGAGAUUGAGCAAGUAGCGUUGCCACCAACGGACAGAGGCAAGGAAGCAUGGCUCGUUCUGGCCGGAUGCUCGUUGAUUCAGAUUCCGGUCUGGGGAUACUCGCUAGCUUUCGGCGUGUUUCAGGAAUACUAUGGAAGUCACCCAGGCGAGCUCGAGGGCGAAUCAAGCAGUGUCGCUGUGGUUGGGACUACUAUGACCGGGAUCAUGUACCUCAUCUCGCCCUUCACGUUUACGGUUCUUACUCGUUGGCCUCGUCUGCGCCCCUGGUUCGGUCCGCUCGGCCUAGUCCUGACAGCAGUCGGCUUUCUGAUGUCUUCUUUUGCCACGACAGUCUGGCAGUUGAUCGCAACACAAGGAGUCGUUUGUGCUCUUGGUUGCGGAUUGCUGUUUACACCUACGACGCUGUAUCUAGACGAGUGGUUUGUCAAGCGAAAAGGUCUGGCUUAUGGUGUGAUGUGGGCUGGUAAGUCUGCCGCUGGCGUGGGAGUGCCUUUCGCCAUGGAGACGUGCUUGCGAAGGUUUGGACCUAGUGUAACUCUCCAAGGAUGGAGUGUCGCUACGGUCCUCCUAUCAGCACCACUUUUGUACUUUCUCAAACCGCGCGUUCCACUUUCCCAAUCUGCCAGCGUCCGUCGCAUCAGCCUGAACUUUGUAUACCUUCCUUCGUUCUGGAUGCUCCAAGUCGGCAAUGUACUUCAAUCCCUUGGUUACUUUCUUCCUUACACCUACCUCUCGACAUACGCCGUCCAGCAACUCCAUGUAUCCACCACUGUGGCCACUAUGCUUCUCGUCCUGAUCAACGUCACCUCUAUCCCAGGUGGCAUCGUGAUAGGAGCUCUGGGCGAUUGCUUCCACAUCACCACUACCAUCUUGAUCUCGACCUUUGGGUCGGCACUGGCCGUGUUCUUGUUCUGGGGCUUCUCGAGCCAGACAGUGCUCUUGGCCGUGUUCAGCAUCACGUUUGGAUUCUUUGCUGGCGGUUUCAGUUCGACUUGGUCUGGAGUUCUUCAGGAGCUCAAGUCACAGAGCCCUGCGCUAGACACAGGCUUCGUCUUUGGGCUGCUGGCGGGUGGAAGGGGGGUUGGCAAUGUCAUCAGCGGGCCACUGAGUGUUGCGUUGGUGACGAGUAAUGGGUGGAUGAAGGACGGCAAGAGUUGGGGGUAUAAUGGGCAGUACGGUGGAAUCAUUCUGUUUACGGGCGUGACGGCGUUAUUGGGCGGUUGGGGUGCGUUGGGAAGGGUGAAGUGGGCAUGCGGAAACUGA